CAGCACCCCAGACAGUAAUCUUUUUCAAUUUUCAUCAUGACAUGCACGCAGUUGCUGCAAAUGUUGACUCAAAAUAGCGAGCUACUUAAAGCUAGUUAGAUCAUAAUAUAUAUCUCUCAUUGUUCUUGAUUGAUCAAUCGUUUUCUCCCCCACUCUUCCAAGUACAAAAUAUGAUGUUUCCCUAACUCUUAAUUAGGCACCCCCUUUCAUGAUCUAACCACCCCUUUCCCCUUGGCCAUCAUCACUAUAAAAAUUCUUUUCAGUCUGAGAAAAACAGGGGAAAACAGGGGAAGGGAUAGGAAUUCGACAAUGAUGAACGUUUUUGCUACGACGAAGCCCUUUGGGACACUGAUGAUGAAGCUUCUGGCUGGAUUGGUACCCAAAAAAGUGGAGAUCGAACCAGGUACCAUAAUGAAUUUCUGGGCUCCGAUGGAAUUAGUUGAUGAGAAUUCAAAGAAGAAGAUCACCAAGCCGGUGGUUCUGUUGCUUCAUGGAUUCUGUGCUGAUGGUUUGCUGACCUGGUUUUUCCAAGCCCCGGCAUUGGCUACGGAUUACACGGUUUUCUUCGCGGAUCUCCUGUUUUUCGGGGAUUCCAUUUCUGACAAUCCUGACCGGUCAACGAGCUUUCAGGCCGAGUGUUUGGCCAAGGGGUUAAGGAUGUUUGGCGUGGAGAAAUGCACGGUUGUGGGUUUUAGUUACGGAGGAAUGGUUGGGUUUAAGAUGGCGAAGCUGUUUCCCAACUUGGUUGAUUCCAUGGUUGUUACCGGCACGGUUAUGGAGUCCGACGAGCCGGCGGCCGGCGGGGAUUCGUGGAAGAAUGAGAGAUUGGCCCGGUGGUCUCACUUUUUGUUGCCGGAAACUACUAGUGGUGGGAGGAAGUUGCUGAAAUUUGGUAGCCAUAGAUUCCAGUGGUUCCCUGAUUUUGUUGUCUCUGAUUUUCUGGAGGUUAUGUACGAGCACAAAAAGGAGAAAAGGCAGCUUCUUGAAGCUCUAUAUUUCAGCGAUGAUGACGACUUCAAACCGGCCAACUUAACCCAGAGAGUUCAUCUACUUUGGGGGGCUAACGACAGGAUUUUAAGCUUGGAAGUUGCCCACAGUCUAAAAACGUAAGUCCCUAUACUAAACAGAAAGAUUGUACCUCUAUGAAGGGUGCUUUUUGAUUAAUAAAAUGGUUGAUUGUGAGGGUGUUUAUUUGCAAAAAUAGAUUUAAUAAGUACUCUCUCUUUCUCCAAAAAGGUGGUUCACAUUCAGAUUUCAUAACUCAAUUUAACUAUUUUCUUAAAAUAGAUAGUGUAUUUGUUUAUUUCCUAAGGAGAACUAUUAUUGGAUGUUAUUACAUGUGGCCUAAAUGUGUCUGUUAAAAGGUAUGGAAUGGAACCAAAAGUUCUCUUUCAUCCAUUCUAAAAUAAAAAUAUUUAUUUAGUUUAAUAAAAUUAGAAUGGUGGGGGUAGCUAGUUGUGAGCUGAAUCAAUUAAUCAGGGUGGGUGAGUGAUUCAUUCAUUAAUUGAUUUUGAACGAAUGUGGAUUGUGGACGAUGAUGUUUUUGUAGGAAAUUGGGAGACAAAGCUCAAUUGAUAUGGAUAGAGGAUGCAGGGCAUCUGGUUCAGAUGGACCGACCCUUGCUCUACAACAGUUGCCUCAAGCAAAUUCUUGCAUCAUUCUACGCCCCAACUACUUCACCGUGAUUAAUGAGCUACUCUUAAGAAUACAUUAUUAUGUAAUAUAUGAUGCGUAAACUAUACACGCCCCUCCAUUUCUGGUUACUUAUAAGAUCUUAUUAUUCUCUACAUUCUAUAGCUUUGUUGGAGAAUCACGCAUGAUGCAUAAUUAUGGUAGUAGGAUGAAUUAGUAUUUUCGUGCCAAAAUUUGUGGACUCUGAAGGAUUUUUUUGGGUGACAAAGGGUUUGAGAUUUAUAGAGCCCCUUUGUAAGUUUGAUCCGCUAUUGGUUAAUUUCUACUUGUGUUUUGUCAUCCUUUAACUUUUUUUUUUUUGUGUUUGCUUUUUUGGGUGCUUCUAGUAUGAUCAUUUAUCCAUAGAC